GAGCAGGAGCACUGUCAUCCAAGCACAUAUUUGUAAUCGAUGAAACUCAAAAGCGCAACAGAUGGCAUUAUCGCACCACAAUAAUAACCGCAAGGGCCGGGGAGCCUGUCACAGCAUCAGUGAAUCAACAGGCUGGGAGAAACCACGGGAAUAUGACGUGGAGAGCGGGCCGUUUCCAUUUCAGUCAUGUAACAUUCACCUGCAGAGUGUGGUCGAAGUGCUUGGUAUAUGGUCACAGUGUUAAGAGUCUGGUCACGGUGCCAACAUGUUUCUGUGAUGAGAGGUCAGCUGGCGUGAGUCUUUUUGUGCUUCAUUAAUAGACGAUGAAGGGCCUAUACGUGUGUCUCUCAAAUGAUUUAUGAUUGGACUUGAUGACUUUUUUAGAAAGCGGUUGAUUUAAAUGGGGAUUUUUAAGAACGGGUCUGGUUCGUAUGGUGAGAAGACAUGACGAUGGCAACAAACAGAUCCGACAAGAAGCUUGGAGGAGAGGAUGAAGAUGAAGAUGUUACUUCAGGGGGUACAUUGACACCAGGGGGGGAAGCAAGGGAUGGUGAUAGUUCCAAAGGUGGCACUAAGGUGUCAGAAGGUCAAGAUGGUAAAGAUGAAGACAAGGAUGAAGUGUUGGAUGCGGGGGAGUCUGGAGCAGGACGUACCUGCUGUCCUGUGCGGUACUGCAUCAUAGCGCUCAUGUGUAUAGGGAUGGUUCUAAUUAACGCUAUGAGGACAAACGUGGGUUUUACUGUGAUGACGAUUCUGGACGAAACAGCCCACGAGAAAGUUGGAACUCUGCAGGCUCUCAUUAACCUGCAGCGACUGGGGCUCCCGAACGUCAAUUGGGACACCCGGAUGAUCGGCUUCCUUCACAGUGUGUUCUAUAUAGGGUACCUCAUCACGCAUCUACCCGCAGGUUACCUAGCAACCAGAAUUCCGUGUCACAGGUUAUAUGGUGGCAGCAUACUGCUGUCUUCAGCGCUCAAUCUCCUCCUCCCUGUUUCAAUAGAUGAGAUCAGCUUUGUAUUUACCUGCAUCAUCCGGUUCCUGCAGGGGCUCAGUGAGGGCUUGCUGUACCCCUCCUGUUAUGGGAUAUUACGUCACUGGUCCACCCCCCAGGAGAGGGGGAGACUAGGAUCAACUGUUCUGACAGGAGCCUAUGCGGGAGCUGUGAUCGGCUUCCCUCUGGCCGGCUUCAUCACCCACUUCAUCGGCUGGCAAUACAUCUACUACGUCAACGGUGGCGCUGGGGUGUUGUGGAUGUUGGUGUGGGUGCUGAUGUCGAGUGAGAAGCCAUCGCACCACCGACUCAUCAGCGACUCGGAGCUGCAAUUCUUGCAGAAAUCCCAGGGGAGCCAGGUCGUCGACUUUCAGGAAUCAUGGUUACCCUGGAAACGCAUUAUAACUUCCCCUGCUGUGAUAUCCCUGUGUAUCUGCCAUUUUGCCAGGAACUGGGUGUUUAUACUAAUGUUGACGAACGAACCUUUCUACCUGAGCUUGUUUGGAUUUAACAUCGCCGAGAAUGGCAUGUAUUCCUCGCUGCCUCACAUACUGAAGGUGGUGCUUUCCUUCGUCAGCGGCUACAUCGCCGACUAUCUGCUCAUCAAAAGCAAAUUAAGAACGGGCACAGUCAGGAAGCUCCUCACAGGAAUAGCAUUCGGAGUUCAGACCCUGUCAUUCUUCAUCCUCACUUUUGUGUGGCAGAAGGUUCCGGUGAUCGUCUUCCUCACUAUAGGAGUGGGCUUUGGAGGCCUGGCGGUGUCAGGUUGGCAGAUUAAUCACUACGACCUCUCAACACGACACGCCUCGUUCCUGGUGGCUGUGACGUCAACGAUUGGGGUGAUGGGGGCUAUCGCUGCGCCCCUGGUGGCGGGGGAGCUAACUAUAAAUGAGGACUUGGAUGGCUGGAGACACGUGUUCUACAUCACCGUCGGCGUAGUCGCUGUAGCUGCCAUACUGUUUAUAAUAUUAGGUUCAGGUGAGGAACAGCCGUGGGCAACGCCACCUGAACACAUUCGUCUCGUACAGAAAACUGACCCACUGGCUAAACGACCCUACAAAACAUUUACAGUGCAGGGUACUAAACAGCCAGUGAAGGUUAAAAAAGCUGAUGAUGUCGCUGCAGAGAAAGACUCCGAUAACGACGUUAUCGCUCCGGCAAAAGACGGCAGCCGGGAAGUAGUCGCUGUUACAGAUGAGGUGAAAUCUACAUCUUGAAGAAGGGUGCAUGAAAGAAAAUUGAUAUACCUUGAUGUACUGUACAUAUAAACGUAUAGAUUAAACUACAAAAAAUGACAGAAGACAGAAGGAGAUUAAAUACAUACCAAAACAGUUUUAACAUAUGACUCACUGCAAGUUUCUACCCAAACCAAUUGUGAUAUGUACAUAGACGUAGCAGAAGGUUUUGUUUGUUUGUUUUUUAUUUAACGUCGCAAUCAGCAAUAUUCCAGCUGGACCAGACAAUCCAGUGAUUGACAUCAUGAGCAUCGAUCCACGCAAUUGGGAUACGAUGGCAUGUAUCAAACCAAGUCAGCGAGCCUGACCACCCGAUCCCGUUAGUCGCCUCUUACGACAAGUAUAGUCGCCUACGUAAGCAUUGGUUGCUGAAGACCUAUUCAACCCGGAUCUUCCCCGGUCACGCAGCAGAAGUAGUGGCUAGCCAAAAUCGAAUACAUUGCCCUGUAAUUAUACAAAACUGGGUUUAUAACUUCAGGCUCUUGAAGGAACUAUAUACAUAUACACAAGACCCUGUAUUUCAUACAGAUUCGUAAGAUGCGACUAACGGGAUCGGGUGGUCAGGCUGCUGACUUGGUUGAUGCAUGUCAUCGUAUACCAAAUGCGACUCGAUUAAGUACACACCGCCGUCAUAUAGCUGUAAUAUUGACGAGUGCGGCGUUAAACAACAAACAAAUCAUUCAGAAACAUGAUCUCAUACCGUAUAUCAUACAGUGUAUCGUUGUUAAUAAGGGGGUGAAAAUGUCGAUAGCUUGAAGAAUUGAAUCAUUUUGUGUUGCGUUUUUACACUUUGGGUUGAAGGUUAUGACACACUUUGGCUUGAAAUGGAGUAUGUAUUCACCAGUGCUUCAAGACAUACAGUAUGUUUCUCUGACAGGGAGCAAAACAAUCAUAUUUACCUUUUUCCAGAACAUUUAACAUGCCCAACGAUUUUUUUAUUUGUGUAAACUUUUCAGCAUUUUCAGGAACAAAUAAUUUUGUUGUUGAAACGAACGCCAAUGUAGUUUCUGUCUAUUCCCUUAAAAACGUAAAAUCUAAGACCAUGUUAGAUAUACGUGGUUUACCCCAUGAUUUAGGCCACAAUAUCAUUCGAUUUUCGUUAGAUUUAUAGUCAACUGCGAAGCAGGAAGCGUAUCAUAAUUGUGUAUGUUCUUUCAAAGUGCUUUUUAUUCUGAUGUGAUACACCUUGACGGCGUUGGGUGGUGUUCGUGCUAUCAAUCACUGGUUCGUCUAGCCCAGUCGGUCGUUCAUAGUCUGUACAAUAGUUUGAAUACCUAUGUCACAUUCCCAGUGUAUACUUCUAUCUGUAGACUGCGGUAAUUGAUAAUGUGCCAAAUGUCAUUCAAGUAAGACCCGCUAGGUUUGUGUUUAAAUGGUGAAAUAUGUAUUUGGAUUGUUAUUAUGAGAUCAUAUACACCUGUUAAGUAUAUAAGUUUGUAAAUGGAUGCUGUAUUUCAGAUGUUUCUUCAAUGUGUUAUUUGUUGUUAAUGUAUGUUAAAAUGCAUCAAAAAUAAAUUCACAGAAUAUAUU